AUGCUCAUCGCCGGCUGUUUUUUUCAGGGGAAGGGAACCGGGAGUUUCGGAAAGAGGAGGAACAAGACACACACACUGUGUGUGAGGUGCGGCCGCCGCAGCUUCCACUUGCAGAAGAGCCGCUGCUCCUCCUGCGCUUACCCGGCCGCUCGCAAGAGGAUAUACAACUGGAGUGUGAAAGCGAUCCAAAGAAAGACAACGGGAACUGGACGCAUGAGGUACCUCCGCAAUGUCCCCCGGAGAUUCAAGACCAACUUCAGAGAAGGUACCGAGGCUGCACCAAGGAAGAAGGCUGCCGCAGCUGCCUCUACUUAG